AUGUCGUCCCUAGACGAGGUCAAAUUAGAAAGCUUCCUAGGCUGGGGAUCAUUCGGGCUUGUAUUCUGCACAAUUAACAAAGCAACCCGUGAAAAAUUUGCUACCAAAUUUAUAUAUGAACUCGGACCUGACUAUCGCGUUGAACGUGAAGCGCUACUUCUUGGAAAACCACUGCAUCGAAACAUCGUCGCUGUUAAAAGCCUAACUCAAGAAACAUUUCCAUUCCGUGAACUCAACAAAUUCAUAAAUUCAGUCGACAUCAAAGAUGAAGAUGGGCAAAGGAGGAGAGAGUCGUUGCUCAAGUUGGCCAUAGACUUCGAUCCGUUGCCAAUUUGUGUUAUCAAAAUGGAACUGCUCGGCGAUAACUUGACCUGGAUAUCCAUCCAUUCCGUCGCUGGAAUCAAUGACCCAGGCUUACAGGCAGUUAAGCUGCAAAUCAUACAAGAUCUUAUGAACGGGUUGAAAUUAUUGCACGAUAACAAAAUUACUCAUCGUGACGUUAAACCGGCUAACGCCCUGUUUGCAUAUUCUGGGCGUCCGGAACAAUUUGUAUUCCCGCUAAAAAUAGGAGAUUUUGGGUUAAGUCGAGAAAUAUUGGGAGAAGCGACAAAGGAGACUUUGACUGCGAGGCAAGGUACAAAGCUUUACCGUGCUCCGGAAGUCGAUACGGGAAACUGCGGGCGGCAAGCUGAUCUAUAUUCCUUGGGGCUGGUUAUAUUUGAACUUGUAAUGCUAUUCAAGGAAAAAGAAGAGAGGAACGAUAAGUUCAAAUUAGUAAAAUGUCAAGACUAUAGCGUACUAGAUUCAGCCCAAAUCAUUCAGUUUGUAUCAAUUAACUUAAGGCCAUUGAUAAUUCGAAUGGUCCAACCGGAAGUGGUUCAUCGUUUGACAUCGAUUCACGAUGUACGCACAUUUGUGGACCAAGCAGUCGGAGAGCUUAAUUUAAUGAACGCCAGCAUGUAUAACCCUGAAAAACUACCAAAGAAACUGGUGAUCGACACUGUAGCACUUAUGGGGCUUCUACAGGACCCAAAUUCUCAAAGGUUUCUUAGCAACGUCACGUUCAAAUCGUAUCUGGGUGGUGGUUCGUUUGGGUUUGUUUACCAGACGCACAAUUCUGUCAUGAAUAAGGACACUGCUGUGAAGGUGCUUGUACACAAGCAAUCGGAAGGAGAUUACCCGAUUAUGAUUGCGCGGGAGACAGGCAUAGCUGCAUCACUAAAUCAUAAACACAUCGUGAAUGUGACUCAGACUCACAAUGCAAAACUAACUGCAUCAGAAUAUGAGAAACUGAUGGGUAAGAUUGCCAUCCCUAGGAUUAACAAAGAGCAGAUUCGCGACACGCUGAUACGCAGGGAAACUAUAAGCCUUACUUUCAUAGAGAUGGAGCUUUGCGGUCAAACAUUGCGGUCAUGGCUGAACACCAUGUGCAACGACCCAUCGUUGGAUCUAAUUCUGGAAAUGACUCAAUUCCUAAUUGUGCGCGGAAUUCGUGAAGCUCUUGCAUACUUGCACUCAAAAAACAUUCUCCAUCGUGACCUAAAACCAGAAAAUGUUCUGUUUACAUCUUCUGAGUUUAAGCUUCCAGUGAAAAUUGGAGAUUUUGGGUUAUCCAGAAUAAUUGAUUUCCAUGAAUCUACUUUAACUUCCAAUGUCGGCACAUAUAUGUACAUGGCACCAGAAGUUCAAAAAGGUGAACGCUAUGGAAAAUCUUCGGAUUUGUACAGUUUUGGCCUAAUCAUGCUCGAAGUGCUUGACUUAAUUAAAUUAAGUGCUCGAUCAAAAAUAUUUAAUCAAAUUGUUUACGAUCAGGAAUUUGAGCUUGUUAAACAGUGUCAUACAGUUAUAAUCAAUUCUAAGGAGUUAAUUAUCUCACUAACUCGUAAAAAACCGGCUGAUCGACUGAAGGACAUUUCCGAUGUGAAAUUCAUUACUGACUUGAACUAG